GUCACGUGGCAUCUCGUGUUCGUUGUGGAAAAUCACGCUAUGGCGGCGGAGGCGCUGUGCCCUCGCCUGGCGUUUCUUCAAAUCCAGCGCCGGGCGCUCUCCGAUCAAAGAAUCAGGUUAACACGAAGGGAUGGAAGAAUGUGGACUCUCUGUAAGCGCGCUUCGACUUCUGCCCAGCGAUUCGUGGUGUCCGCCUCUCAUUCUUCCGAGGAAGAAGGAAAGGAGGAAACCUCGAAGAAAGCUGAUGAUUAUAGUGCAGUGUUCCAGAAGAUAACACAGUCUGACUUGACUUAUAGGCAUGAGCUGGGGAUGAAUUACAAUCGUGUUCUCCCGAAUCUCAUCGUUGGUUCCUGCUUACAGAAUCCUGCAGAUGUUGAUCGCCUAAAGAAAGACGAGAAUGUUACCACGGUGUGCAACCUCCAGCAAGAUCCUGAUAUGGCGUACUUCAACGUCGACAUCUCUGAAAUCCGUGAUCAUGCCAAGGAAGUUGGCGAUUUUAAUCAUCUUCGACUGCCAAUUCGGGACAUGGAUGGCUUCGAUCUUAGAAUGCGGCUCCCGAGUGUCAUUGCUAGCUUGUACCAGGAGCUCAAAGACCGCGAAGGAACACUCUAUGUCCAUUGCACAGCUGGAUUGGGAAGAGCUCCUGCUGUUGCUCUUGGCUACAUGUUUUGGGUACUCGGCUACGAUUUGCAUGAAGCGUACCUUCUACUCCAGGUAGGCAAAUGUGUCUCUACCAGCUUACCCUUUCUUUGCAGUCGAAGCGGAAGUGUGUGCCAAGCAUGGAGAACAUACGUGCAGCGACUUGUGAUCUGGAAAUCUGUCGAUCAGCUCACAGGAAUGACCAGAAGUCCCAUUGGAUUGCUCUACAGGAGAGGUACCUGCGAGCAUGUUGAAGUUGCUGGUCUAGACAUUGGCUGGCAUUCUCGCCUGCCAUUCAAUUUCAUAUCGAGAGAUGGUCACUGGACGUUAGAACACGAACUUCCUGUUGGAAGAUACGAGUACAAAUAUGUGAUUGAUAAAGAGCGAUGGACUUACAACCCUCACGCUCCUAUAACGAACCCAGACAGAAAAGGCAACUACAACAACUACAUUGAGGUUGUAGACUCCGAUCCCGAGAACUGGGACCUCCGGCAAUAUUGGAGGAAAGAAGACGCGAAGCUGACCGACGAGCAGCGGAGAAUGAUCCUGGAGAAGCUCGAAGCCAUGGGAAGCGAGCUCUGAUACCACUAAACUCCGGCUAUUUGUAUGAAGUUCCCAAGGCUGGAUUUGCUUCUCGAGGUAGAGCUGCCGCUCUUUCUAGCUCUUGGAGCAACUGGAGAGACAGAACAGGAUCAAAUCAACGAAGGAGAAGAUUCAGAUCUCUACAAGAUCACGAAGGAGAGAACCUGCAACAUCGUCAAUCCUGGGAUCCGUGACGGAAGUCUUGGCGUGUCCGAACCAAGGCGGCGGAUCCGACUUCAUGGCGUGAGACGGCGGAUGGAUCUUCAAGGGGGCCGUGAUAUCGGUGUGGGGGACCGCGUAGAAAGGAUUCACGUCCUCCUUGGGCACCGGAGGCACCGGCUUGGCGAAAACUAUCCUGGUGAGCGAGCACAUCCUCCGGUGGUGGCACGGUGGUGGCACGUCCUUGAGCUGUGGGCUCUGGGAGUGACUGGGGACCGCUCGAUCCAGGCACUUGGUGAUGUUGGUAACUAGGCCAUGGUAGCUCUGCUGGUACCGCCGGUUGAGGGCGUCUUGCUUCCUCGAGGUUCUUCGUCUCGCAGGUGCUGGAUCGAAAGGGAUUGGCGGGCGACCAGCCUUGCGAUUGAGAGGCGGUAGCUUUGGAGCCGGCAUUGGCCCCUGCCGUUAAGCCGCGCUCUUGUAACUGUAAGGUUUUUACGUAACAGGGAAUAUGCUACGGGAUC